AUGAUACUCAUCAAUUCAAGUUAAUUAAGAAAUAACUAAUGGAAUUAUAUAUUAGUCACAGUUUCAUAAAUUGGCACUAACAACCUAAGAGUAGCAAUUAUUUAUAAUUCAAUAAGUAAUAUUUAACAGUAGUAAGUGUCCUAAAUCGAUUUCUCAACUUCUGGAUAACAAUUAAGAUUAACUCUACUUUCUCGCUUUGAUAGUGAUUGUUUAUAAAGUAGUAUUGGUGGAUUCUUUUUUAUUUAGAAUAUAUAAACAAAUGAAUUAAAUUGGGAAUCCUCAAUUUUUAAUUACUUUUUGUAAGGUGGACUAUUACCUUCUUAAAUUGUUGCAUGGUAUUCCACUAAGUUCUAGGAUAAUACUUCUGUAAUACCUGAUCUUUCAGGAAAUCUUAGAUAUCUAAUUUCAUAACCUUCUCCAUCAGCAUAGUAUUUACUUAAUUACUCGAUUGGAUAAUCAUAGAGUAGUCUUAUUACCUUUUAAGACUAAUGGUGUGGCUAAUAAAAUAUUAUUUAUUCUUCUUCGAUUAUUAGUGAUAGUAACUGGACUAGAAUUUUAAUAAAAAUCUAUUUCGAUCCUACCCUGAAUUAGCAUGUAAUAUACGUUGAAGAAAAUGACAUAUCUUAACCAGUGUAAAAUAAUAAUUUCUCUUUUUAGAGUCUUUAGAAUUAGAAAAACUCAACUGUCUAUUAUGUAGGAUUCGGAUAUAAUCCUUAUUUUAAAAAUUUUGUAAUAACUUAAGGCGCUUUUACUUCUAGUUCAAAUAAUUCAGUUUUCAAACCUUAGAAUUGCUAAUAUCUCAGCUAAUGUUCAAGUAUUUAAGGUAUUUUAGGAUCUUAAAAUGAGUAUUGUAAAUCUUGUAUUUAUGGUAGUUAUUUCGAUGGAAGUAGCAUGAAAUGUAUGAAUACUUGUCCAUCUAACAAAUAACAAUUAAAUGGAGAAUGCAUUUCAUCUAUGUUUAACUGGUAUUGUAAGGAGUAUGAUUUAUUAAAAAAUAAAUGCUUACAGUGUAAUGAAGGAUAAAUAAUAACUUCAGUAGUCGGUAUUGAUCUUAAGACAUAAGAUAAAUCUUAAAGUAUAAUUUACUAAGUCAGUGGUUAUUUUUAGCAGCAAAAUUUUGUCAUUCAAAUUGUUAUUAAUGAUUAAUAGCUCAUAUUAAAUGAAUUUGUCAUCGAAUAUAUGAUAAUUUAAGAUCAAUAUCUUUAUUAAACAAAUAAUUUAUCAUUAGAUUUCACAGUCUAAAAAUAUAAAUCUUUUAACACUACUUUAACAUUAAAUCAAAAUUUUAUUGAUCAGUACUCCAUAGCAAUAUUUUUGUCUGGAGCUACAAUUCUCCCAGCUCCUAAUGGAUAAACUGAUGCAGCAAGCUCAUAAAUCAGCUCAAAAUUUAAUCAUAAUACAGUUUUAUAAUCAACACAGUAGAUAUUUAACUUAGAAUUUACUGUUAGCUAAAGAAUUUAAACACUUUAAUACUAGAUUCUUUAUUUCCCUAAUAAGCCAAAUUAUAACUAUGAAAUAGAUUUAACUUAGCCUAUGGAUGCCGUGUUACAAACCUAAAAUCAAGAUAUAUCAUAUUCACCACUUUUUUAAUAUUAAUAUGUAUUUUAAUAACCAUUUAGCUUUAAUGAUCUCUUUAUUUUUGGUAUAAGCACGUUCAACUUUUCAUAUCCAAAAAGUUAUUAAACAAAUAUUAAUUAAUUUACAUACUCUUUUUAUAAUACAAAUUUUUAAUUACAGCCUUUAAGUAUCAGUAAUUAAAAUGGAUAAGAUUUAUAAUUGUAUACUUAAUAAUAAUAGAUCACUUCAGUCAAUAUUAGCUUGACUACUAAAAAUUCUAACUUUAUUAUUAGUAACUUUACUCUGAGUCUAGCUUCUUCUUUUACUAAAUGCUCUAAAAAUUGUCUUUCAUGUUAUGAAAGUCCUGAAAUGUGCUCUUCAUGUAGUAACCCAUUGAUGGAUAUUAGUUUUCCUUAUUGCACUAAAUGCCUACCAAAUUAUGUAAGCAUUGGAGCUUUAUAAUGUAGAUUUGGUUAAAAAUGUGGAUCUGUAAACUAAUAAGUCAUUUACAAUUGCAAACAGUGCAAUCCUUAUUCUAGAGAGGCGCUAUGCUAGUAAUGUGUAGAUGGAUAUGAGCCAAAUUAAUAUUACUCUUCUUGUGUCAAAAUUUAGUAAGGCUCCAAUUAAACAAGUUGUCAUGUUACAUGCAAAACUUGUUUCGAUUCGGAUUUCAAUAGCUGUUAAACUUGUUCUUCUUCUCAAAAUAAUAUUUUGAUUUCAGGAACAUGUUAUUGCAACUUCUUUUCUUACAGGUUUAAAUUAACUCCAGCUUGUUCAGUAAUAAAUUUUUUAAUAUUUAAAUUUCUUACCAUUUUCUACCAAUUAUAAUUAUUAAAACAGGAAAGUAAUAUUUUAGAAAUAGUGUUUAAAUUUGAAUAUAUUCUGAUAUCGCUUUUAGUUCUUUUUUCUAUCACUUAGACAAUUUUACAAGAGACUUAUCAUUUGUUAUGGAAAUAUAUCGAAAUAACACAAAUUAUAAGUAGCUUUUUUUAUUUCAAUACAUAUGGACUUACUCUUCUAGACUUUGUAUAUAGGCUAGCUUAUUUAUACAAUCUAUCACCUAUCUUCCCUAACCCAUUCAACAUAUCUAUCCUGAACAAUCAAAAUUUUGAAACUCUUUUAAAUGCUUUUGGUUAAAACACUCCAAGUAGAUUCAUAGCUAACUAUAAAUCUUCCUAGAUCACUUAAAAUAUCAUUCCUACAUUUCUUUUUUAUGCAUACUUAUUAUUUUUAGUAAUGAUUAAGUAAUUUACAUUAUUUAGAACCCGCAAAAGUGCUUCCUUUUUUGAGGGAUUUAAGGACAGGAUUUUAAAUGUAUUUUUUUUUGGCUUUUUCUUUUAAAGCUAAGAGUUGAUGAUGCUAAUAUUGAUGAAUUUUUCUAGGCUCUAAGAAAGCUAAUCUCUUUCAUAUCAAGAUUUAGUUUUAGCCUUAAUCCUAAUCGUUAUAUUACUAUCAGUGCUUUUCUUAUUUUUCUUUAAAAUAAAAAGUAUAUUAAUAAGAAAACCCAUAAUUGAAUUUGUUGGAACAAUAAAUUAAAUUAAAAAAUAUACUUUGUAUUGGCCAGCUUUAAGAAUAGUUUGCAAAUUUGUUGGGUCGACUUUACUAAUAUUUUUAUAGGCUAAUCCUAAAGCAUAAGCUAGUAUAAUCAUAAUAUAUGGAUUAGAGUACGCCUAUUUUUAUAUCACAAAACCAUACAAAAAUUAAUAAACUUAAAUACAUAUUUAAAGAUAUGAAAUAAUUUUGUUAGUGAAUGUGCUACUGAUGUGCUUGAUUUUAUUAAUUGAUAACUCCUCUUUUUCUUAAGUAGGAUAAGUAAUUUUGGUAAUAUUAACUAUAGCUUAGCUUAUACACAUAUAAAUUCUAUAGUUUUUAUUAAUCUUAUAUUAAUUUAGUUCCAACUCAUCAAAAGUGUGGAAAAAAUGCUAAUUAUAUUUGAUAAAACUGAAUAUUCUCGAGUUGAACAAUUAAUAAUAAAAUCCUAACACAAACUUAUCAGAUUUAUCAAUGGAACUUUAGAAUAAUUUGAGCAUAAUAAAUAAUACAAUUUUAGAUGAGGAUUUCAAAUAAUAAAACAUCCAAGUACAAUGGCAAGUGAACCCAAUCAAUGCAUUCAAUAAAAAACAUAUGACCAAUAAAAAUUAACAGUGA